AUGCAUUUUUAUUCUUCUUCUACCUAUAAAGCUGUAAAGCUUCUUUGAGACAUUGCGAAUUGUUAAAAGCACGAUACAAAAAAAUUGAAUUGAAAAUAUCAGUGUUGACCCCGAACACUCACACGUGAGCUGGAGAAAAUCCGUCUCUGUCUUAGCCUCAUAACUAUAUUCUGCUCUGGAUUAGACACGUUCCUUGUCACCGCGUUGAUCCGAGACACUUACAAAAGCCGUGUGGAUCUCCUUCGUCCUCUCCAAUCGCCCAAGUCGUGAGUCUGUGAGACGCGAAGAUCUCAGCGGGAUCUCGCCUGCACAGAGGACCGAUUGGGCUUCUGACAGAAAGAGACACUUUCAGUCAUGGGGAACUCCACAGGCUGCACCGUGGAUGAUCUACAGGCCGUUGAGAUGCAUCUCUGGUACAAGAAGUUUAUGACCGAGUGUCCUUCAGGUCAGUUAACGCUCCAUGAGUUCAAGCAGUUCUUUGGGCUGCGAGGUCUCGAUCCAGAGGCGAACGCUUACAUCGAACAGAUGUUUCGGACCUUUGAUAUGAACAAGGAUGGUUACAUAGACUUCAUGGAGUACGUAGCAGCACUAAGUCUUGUAAUGAGAGGGAAAAUGGAGCACAAAUUGCGCUGGUACUUCAGACUCUAUGACGUUGACGGCAACGGCUGCAUAGACCGACACGAGCUGCUCAAUAUCAUAAAGGCCAUUCGUGCUAUUAAUGGCUGCGAUUCUCAGGAAGUGAGUGCUGAAGAGUUCACCAACCGAGUCUUCGAGAGGAUCGACGCGAACGGAGACGGUGAACUGUCACUGGAGGAGUUUGUAGAAGGGGCACGGCGAGAUGAAGAGUUCAUGGAGGUGAUGAUGAAGAGUUUGGACCUCAGUCACAUUGUGGCCAUGAUCCACAACCGCAGGAACAGCGUACCUGACAACCUUUAUGGAAUUGGCAAACACGGAACUUAUUUACCCCCGUUAAAAACAGCAGAGGAGCCAAUCAACAUGUGAUUCUGGAAUGACUGACAGUUGUGUAGGCGUUUAUAACUCCCCCGUAUUCAUUCAAGCCCCGCCCCCUUUGGUGUGAACGUUUUGAGUUCAUUCGUCGGGUUAUCCACUUAGCUAACAUAAUAGUGAUACCUCGAGAUACGAGUGAAUUGACAUACAGAUUUUUUGAGAUACGAGCUGUGAUUCGACCAAAGUUUUAGCUUGAGAUACGAACAAAUUUUUGAGAUACGAGCAUCCGAGCUGCCGUCGGCGCCGAAACAAAGAUCCCCAACAAUCACGUGUGAGAUACGAACAUCCGAGCCGCCGCCACCGAAACAACCCACAACAAUUUUCUCAAUUUAAUGAAAAGAAACACCCAGAAAUAAUUGCACCUGGUCGCGCAUCAGCGUCGAUUAAUGACACUUACCUUACGCAUUUCCGAAACAUUUUAAAAGGGAGGAAGAAACAAACCUCUUUGGACAGGUUUUUAUUAAAACGACCGGCAGAUGUUAGUGAGGAAAGAGUGACAAAAAAAGGCAAAAACAAGUGAAGAGAAAAGCGA